GGUUUUUCUGCUCAAGGCGCUCCAAAGCGGCGUUCGGCACCAGUGCCGAGCCGUCGCGAUGCGCCGCUCCUUGGCUGCGCUGAAAGUGGACCCGGCGAUGAUUGUGCAGAGAAGGCUGCCAUGGCAGGUGCGCAAGACACAGCUGCAGCAAAAGCUCUGGGAUGAGAGGGACGAGGAGGUGGAAGACCCUGCGAAGAUGUCGGCAAUCGUAGUGCAGAUUGCGCAAGCAUCUCGAAAGAGCCGGAAGGAUUCCCAGACGUGGGGCAAUUUGCUGGAUCAAGCGUUGACGUCGCAUGCAGAGCUGUCUUCACAAGAUAUGGCUUCAAUCCUAUGGUCCAUGGCUGAUGCGCGCUUCCACCACAAGGCCUUGGUGGAGGAUUUUGUUCGCUCCCUAUCUUUUCGAGCUGGCGUCAAGCCCAUUGUGACGGCAAUGCUGGCACUUGAUCGACUCGGCCUUCCCACCGAUUCACUGCGUGGGCAAUUCCUUCAACAAUUGAGCGGGCAGUGCGAAGAACUCAGCCUGGGAGAUUUGCGCAGGGUCUUGAUGGCCUUGGCACGUUGCUGCAAGGAUUGUUCCGUGCAGCCCCAGUUGCUGCGAGAGAUUUGCGAUGCCACUUAUGAGAAAGCAGAUGGCUGUGACCCCCGUGAUCUGAUGUCGAUUCCACAGCAUUUGGGACGCUUGCAAUACCUGCACAGUCCAUUGCUAGCGAGGUCAGCCGAUGCCAUCUCCAAGUUGAUUUCAUGUCGCUUGUCAGUUCUGCCACUUGACGUGCUGCGGGCACUUGAUGGCUUUAUGGUGUUGACCCCACUGGUUGAAAUCGAAGUUGCCAAGCAGCAGCUCCUUCAGCUGGCGGUCAAAUGCCAGUUGCUUGCCGCUCACUUGUUGCAGACUGCGCCGGCCUCCGAGCUCUGGGCCAUCGGCGCUCAGCUGCUGGGCUCGGAAGUUGUGAGCAAGGAAGUGUGGGCAUUGUGGAUAUCAGAGGCGGUUCAACGACGCUCGGCAGAGAACCAUCUGUCUCGCAGAAUCUCCGGGGUGCGCCGGCAAAUGAUGAAACAGUGGGGCAUUCAAAGCAUGCCUGAAGGAUUGGAGCUUGCAUUCCAGCUGACCCUCCAGGGGAAAUGAAUGCGGUCUGAAAGAGUGCAGCAUGAGCCCUGCAGCCCAACACAUUCCCACGUGCGAGCGGCGCAGUGCCCGCUAGCCGGGGACGCACAAGAGGGGCGCAGCAACCUUCGAAUCCCCUGCAAUCUCUAGGAUACGGCUACAAGGUAGACGGUUCUCACUGGCAUGCCCUCAAUGGAGAACGAGCUUGCCGAGCCACGGAAGUUAAAAGGCGUGAGAUGGACACACCUGUAUUCUCAGUUACGACAUUGAAGAGGC